ACAUACUCUUUAGUCUUUGAUGUGUGUGUCGUGCUGUCAAUUAAGUUGGACACGAGUGUAUUGGUUAUUUUAAAUAAAUAAUUUAAUGAAAAGUGGACGUAAUUAACUAUUAUAACCAUGAGUUAUUCAAAAUUUGAUCUUACGUUUAAAAUAGGCCAAUAUUUAGAUAGGCAUCUUGUGUUUCCCCUAUUAGAAUUUUUGGCAGCAAAAGAGACUUAUGACCAAUCAGAACUACUGCAAGCAAAGUUGGAAAUCCUAAGUAAAACCAACAUGAUAGAUUAUGUUAUCGACAUCAGAAGGAUGCUUUAUCCAGAUGAAGAUACACCAGAGGAGAUUAAAUCGAGGAGAGGUGUAGUAUUGUCACAACUUCAGGAACUGCAAGAUGCUGUAGAGCCUGUCUUAAAACUUAUGCAGCGGGAUGAUGUUAUGAAAACUGUGGAAACCAUGAGAGAUCCAAAAACUUUAAUAAACUUUUUAACAACAAAUAAAGAGUUUGAGUUCAAAAUUGAAAUGAUUGACAGCAUGUAUCAGUUAGCAAAAUAUCGCUAUGAGUGUGGUAAUUAUGUUGAGUCGUCAUCAUACCUUUACUUCUGUCAACUUGUUAUGUCACCCACGGAUAAGAACUAUUUAUCGGUGCUGUGGGGUAAACUGGCUAGUGAGAUCCUGGUCCAAAAUUGGGACGGUGCCCUGGAUGAUUUGACCAAGUUGCGCGAGUUUAUUGACAACGGCGGCGGGGGUGCCACUGCCAGCAACAUGCACGCGCUGCAGCAACGCACGUGGCUCGUGCACUGGUCGCUCUUCGUGUUCUUCAACCACGUCAAGGGCCGCGAUCUCAUCAUUGAGAUGUUCCUGUACAAACCCCUGUAUUUAAACGCUAUCCAGACAAUGUGCCCGCACAUCCUCCGGUACUUGGCCACCGCCGUCAUUAUCAACCGUUCGCGCAGAAACGCCCUCAAAGAUCUCGUCAAGGUCAUCCAACAAGAAGCCUACACUUACAGGGACCCAAUAACCGAGUUCAUUGAGCAUCUGUACGUAAACUUCGACUUUGAGGCCGCGCGGAGGAAGUUGAACCAGUGCCAGGCUGUUCUCUUGACAGACUUCUUCUUGAUCGCCUGUUUAGAGGAGUUUGUUGAGAAUGCUCGCCUCAUGAUCUUCGAAACCUUCUGCCGUAUACAUCAAGUAAUCAGUAUUGGAAUGUUAGCAGAGAAUUUAAAUAUGCAGCCUGAUGAAGCAGAGUGCUGGAUUGUGAAUUUGAUCCGUAACGCGCGUUUGGAUGCGAAGAUCGACUCGAAGCUAGGUCACGUGGUCAUGGGGGCGCAGCCACUGUCGCCCUACCAACAACUAGUAGAGAGGAUCGACUCCUUGGCGGUGCGGUCGGAAGCUCUCACGUCGUUAGUGGAAAGGAAACAGAAGACACGCAACCAAGAUAUUCGUUGGGGAGCACAAGAAUUUUAAGCUAAGAAGUUUCUUUAUGAAAUAUUUUUUGUAAAUGAAGCAUUUUAAUAAAUAUAUACUUAA